AUGGUUGUGCUGCUCCUCAACAGUCCCCAGUCCACCCUCAUCUGUGAUUUGCCUGAGAAGUGGGUCCAACUUUUUGACCUUGACCAGCAAGAGGAGCUGGCUGCCUUGUCUGCGCUGCCCAAGGAGGAUGAGGAAGAGGACAAGGAUGAGAAGGAGUUCAAGAUGAUGUUGUCAGGAGUUUUGAUGUCCAUGGUGAGCCUGGCCAGUCCCUUGGUGAAGGCAGAGAAGGCCAAGGCCAAGGCUAAGGGGACAAUGCUGGCAAAGUUGGUCAUGCUGCACCUCAACAAUUGUACAAAUAAGAUGCUGCCUGUGACCAGGGCAUGCAGGAGGCUGAUGAAGGCAGAUUCCUGUAAUGCAGGUUGGAUGAUUGAGGAGAUGCUGGCAAUGCUGUUGCUGGCAACAACAGAUGAUGCAGUGUUAGAGUCAUUUGCAGCAGAGAAUUGUUGUUUGUUGUGCUGCAAGCAUGCAGUUUUGAAGGAUGGGUGGCUGCACCAUGAGUGCAACAUUGCAGAGGUGCCUGACAAGGCAGUUUGCUCCGCAUGCAAGGCAGCAAAAAAGCCUUGCAGUGCGCAUAUAGCCACGGCUCUGCCUCCAGUGCCUGCAGAGGAGCUGUUCUGCCUGGAGACUCCUGAGCCAAUUGAGGAGACUGCCAAAAAGCCCAUCAAAAAGAAGAAGCAGAAGCCGGUGUGCACCUAUGCACUGGCAAAGCCCAAAAAACAUGAGCAGGAGGAUGACAAGGACUUGUCUGGGCCAUUGGCAAAGCAGUCCCGCCUUCUGGAGGCUGAGAUUGAGCUGCUGAUUGUGCCACUCUGGAUGGUGGAGCACAAGAUGCUAGAGCUCUGCAAGAGCCUGCAAAUGGCUCAGAAAGUGGUGGACAUGGUGCAGAAAGUGGUGGACACUGUAUUGGGCUGGGCGGACCAAGUCCAGACUCUCCUGGGGAGGGCUCUGGCUGAGUAA